AUGGCACGAUUUGAAACAUUAGACCAUCACACGGACGAGGCUUUAGAAAAAGAAAACUGGUACACCUUGAAUAAUAUGAUAUUCGCUGACUUGAUAGCAUUAUGUCAAGAAAGAGGUCUACCCACCGAAGGCGAAAAAGAAGAAUUAAUUAAACGAUUGUUGGAUUGGAAGUUAAAUACACGUCCAGUUCCUGCUCCCUCAACGCCUAAACUAAUAUCGACAGAUGGCGUAUUGUGCACCCAACCGGGAGUUAUAAAUAGUUCUCUUUGGAGCACGUUAUUUAUCAAUGGCGAAAUACCAGUCAUUGAUUACGAUAAAUUGGAAGUUGGUAAGAAACUUGGUUCCGGUGGAUUUAAAGAUUGUUACGCGGGAACAUAUGAAGGGGGACCAGUUGCCAUUGGUGAACUGCGCAUAGUAAAUUUCACCGAAUCAGAUUUUCAAGAAAUGAAACAUGAAAUAGAUGUGCUCAAACAAUUGCGACACGAGAACAUCAUUGAAUUUAUCGGCGUAUGUACCAAUACCAAACAUCUAUGCAUUGUAACGGAAUUGUGUGAUAAUGGGGAUUUGUUUGAUUACAUGCGAAAAGUGCCCAGACCAACUUUCAGCCAGCAGAUUAUGUAUAUGCAUGAUAUCGCUUUAGGUAUUGCCUAUCUACACAAUCGUAGACCUAGCAUAAUACAUCGAGAUUUAAAAUCAAUGAACAUUUUAAUUUCCUCCGAUUUACGCGCAAAAAUAAACGAUUUUGGCUUAGCGCGUAUUCGUCCGAGAGCCAAUGCUAGCAUGCAUACACAAUGCGGUACUCCCAAUUGGCAAGCUCCUGAAUUUUGGGCAUCAAAUCCUAGAUACACGGAAAAAGUUGACGUAUAUGCGUGUGGGCUUAUUUUUUGGGAAAUCUUGACAUGGAGUGAAGAAGGAUAUCCGUAUCAAAAUUUCUCAGAACAUCAACUAUAUGAAGCUGUCAAGGAUAGAGGAAUCAGACCUCCGCUCGAAAAAUUAAAAACUUAUCCGCAGUCUCUCAUAAAAUUAAUCCAGGAUAUGUGGCAGAAGGAACCAAAAAAAAGACCAAGCAUGGGUACUGUGGUUGAAAAAUUGGUACAAUAUUUAUCCUAA